AGAUUUCCUCACCUUGAAGACUUUUUUUUUUUUUUUUUUUUGUUUCAAUUUUAAUCGUUGACCGCUACCAUGUCUCACAAGGAAGAAGACGCGAUGGCCUACCUUUCGGUGGGCAAGAAGAACGACGUUGCCGACGCCGCCGUCCAGGCCGAGUGGGCUGCCAAGAAGUGGGUCUGGAUCCCCGACGACAACGAGGGUUUCGUCGCGGCCUCGCUCAAGUCCGAGACCGACAAGGAUGCGACCGUCGAGGUUGCUGGCGGCAAGACCCUGACCGUCAAGCGUGACGACGUCCACAAGGCCAAUCCGCCCAAGUUCGACAAGACUGAGGACAUGGCUUCGCUCUCCCACCUCAACGAGGCGUCCGUCCUCCAGAACCUUAAGGCCCGCUACUUUAGCAACAUGAUCUACACCUACUCGGGCCUCUUCUGCGUCGUCAUCAACCCCUACAAGAAGCUCCCGAUCUACUCGGACAAGGUCGUCCAGAUGUACAAGGGCCGCAGGCGCCAGGAGCUGCCCCCGCACGUCUACGCCCUGACGGACUCUGCCUACCGCGACAUGCUCCAGGAGCGCGAGAACCAGUCCAUUCUCUGCACGGGCGAGUCUGGUGCCGGCAAGACGGAGAACACCAAGAAGGUCAUCCAGUACCUCGCCUCGAUUGCGUCGGGCUCGUCCAAGUCCCAGGGCCAGCUCGAGGCUCAGCUCCUCCAGGCCAACCCCAUCCUCGAGGCGUUCGGCAACGCCAAGACGAUCAAGAACGACAACUCUUCGCGCUUCGGCAAGUUCAUCCGCAUUGAGUUUGACAAGACUGGCCACAUUUCGGGCGGCAACAUUGAGACGUACCUGCUCGAAAAGUCGCGUUCCAUCCGCCAGUCCGAGACGGAGCGUGAUUUCCACAUCUUCUUCCAGCUCCUCCGCGGCGCCUCCAAGGACCAGGCCCGCGACCUCCUCCUCGAGGACGUGACCAAGUACCGCUUCCUCAACGGCGAGAAGACGGUCGAGGGCAUGGACGACGUGGCCGAGUUCAAGAACACCACCUACGCCAUGAACGUGUUUGAGAUUUCCGAGGCUGAGCAGACCGCCAUGUUCAAGAUUGUCUCUGGUAUCCUCCAGCUGGGCAACAUGGUCUUCCAGCAGGAGAAGCGCUCCGACCAGGCCAUCCUCAACGACGACACGUAUGCCCAGAAGGCCUGCACCAUGCUCGGCAUUCCGCUCGGCGAGUUCACUCGCAGCCUCCUCAAGCCCCGUGUCAAGGCCGGUCGCGACAUUGUCACCAAGGCCCAGAACAAGGAGCAGGUCGAGUUUGCCGUCGAGGCCAUCUCCAAGGCCCUCUACGAGCGUCUCUUCAAGCACGUUGUUGCCCGCAUCAACAAGGCCCUCGACACCAAGCGCCAGUCGUCCUCGUUCAUUGGCAUUCUCGAUAUCGCUGGUUUUGAAAUCUUCAAGGUCAACUCGUUCGAGCAGCUCUGCAUCAACUACACGAACGAGAAGCUCCAGCAGCUCUUCAACCACCACAUGUUCAUCCUCGAACAGGAGGAGUACCAGAAGGAAGGCAUUGACUGGACGUUCAUUGACUUUGGUCUUGAUCUGCAGCCCUGCAUUGACCUGCUCGAGAAGCCCCUCGGCAUCCUCUCCAUCCUCGACGAGGAGUGCCUCUUCCCCAAGGCCACCGACAAGUCGUUCGUCGAGAAGCUCGACUCGAACCACGACAAGAAGCACCCCAAGUACAAGAAGCCCCCGCCGGUCAAGUCCAACGCCGACUUUAUUGUCGUCCACUACGCCGGCGAGGUCGGCUACAUGGCUGAGCAGUGGCUUGUCAAGAACAUGGAUCCCCUCAACGACAACGUCACCGAGCUUCUCGCCAAGUCCACCGAGCCCCUCGUCGCCGAGCUCUGGUCGGACGGCUACGUCGCCCCUGCCCAGGCCAGCGAGUCUGCCUUUGGCGCCACCACCCGUGCUCGCAAGGGCAUGUUCCGCACUGUCGCCCAGAUCCACAAGGAGCAGCUCGAGCAUUUGAUGACCACCCUCCGCAACACCCAGCCCCAUUUCGUCCGUUGCAUCAUCCCCAACCACGAGAAGAAGGCCGGCAAGAUCAACAACCAGCUCGUCCUCGAGCAGCUUCGCUGCAACGGUGUCCUCGAAGGCAUCCGUAUCGUCCGUCAAGGUUUCCCGUCGCGCGUCCUCUUCCAAGAGUUCAAGCAGCGCUACGAAAUCCUCACCCCUUCUGCCGUCCCCAAGGGUGUCAUGGACAACAAGAAGAUUUGCCAAAAGAUGGUUGAGGCGCUUGAGCUCGAGGCCAACUCUUUCCGCAUUGGUCACUCCAAGAUCUUCUUCCGCGCCGGUGUCCUUGCCCAGCUCGAAGAGCAGCGCGACGAGAAGCUCACGGCCGUCAUCAAGGGCUUCCAGGCCUUCUGCCGUGGUUUCAUGGCUCGCCGCGACCUCAAGAAGAUGAUGAGCAACGAGACUGCCAUCCGCAUCAUCCAGCGCAACACGCGCAAGUACCUCGUCCUCCGCAACUGGGCGUGGUGGAAGCUGUACACCAAGGUCAAGCCUCUGCUCAACGUUGCUCGCCAAGAGGACGAGAUGCGCCAGAAGGAGCAGGAGGUCAAGAAGCUCCAGGAGAAGGCCGAGAAGGAGGAGGCUGCUCGCAUCGAGAUGGAGAAGCUCCACGCCAAGCUGCUCGAGGAGAAGAACGCCCUCGCCACGCAGCUCCAGCUCGAGUCCGAGGCCGCUGCCGAGGCUGAGGAGAUGAAGAACCGUCUCGCUGCCAAGCGCGCCGAGCUCGAGGGCAUUGUCGGCGAGCUUGAGGCCCGCCUCGACGAGGAGGAGGAGAUCAAGGCCAAGCUCAGCACUGAGAAGCGCAAGCUCGAGGCCCAGAUCAACGAGAUGGAGGAGAAGGUCAACGACCUCGAGACCAUCAAGCAGAAGCUCGAGCAGGAGAAGGCUGCCCGCGAGGCCCAGCUCAAGAAGAUUGAGGACGAGCUCACCGUCGAGAAGGACAACGUCGAGAAGCUCACCAAGGAGCGCAACUCGCUCAACGAGAAGCUCACCACCACCUCUGCUUCCCUCCAGGACCAGGAGGACACCAACAAGCACCUGAUCAAGCAGAAGGCCAAGCUCGACGCCACCAUCACCGAGCUCGAGGAGCGUCUCCAGAAGGAGGAGAAGGAGCGUCAGGAACUCGAAAAGCAAAAGCGCAAGCUCGAGUCGGACGUCCGCGACCUCAAGGAGCAGCUCAACGCUGCUGGCGGCGAGAAGGGUGACCUCGCCUCCACCCUCGGCAAGAAGCAGGCCGAGCUCGAGGCCAUCAACUCUGCCCUUGAGGAGGAGAAGGUCCAGCGCUCGAACGUCGAGAAGGCCAAGCGCGAUCUCCAGGCCCAGCUCGAGGAGGUCAACGAGGAGCUCGAGUCUGAGCGCGCUGCCCGCAGCAAGGCUGAGAAGCGUGCCAAGGACCUCGCUGCCGACUACGACAGCCUGCGUGCCCAGCUCGACGAGUCUGGCGACUCGAACAAGAUGCAGGCCGAGCUUCGCGCCAAGCGCGAGGCCGAGCUCGCCUCGCUCAAGAAGAAGCUCGACGAUGAGACUGCCUCGCACGAGGCUGCCCUCACCGACCUCCGCAAGAAGCACACUUCGCUUGCCGAGGAGUCCAACGCCGAGAUUGACUCGCUCAAGAAGAGCAAGGCCGCCCUCGAGAAGAACGUCUCUGACGCUACUCGCGACCGCGACUCGCUCCAGUCUGAGCUUGAUGCCCUCAAGAAGGCCUACGCCGAGCUCGAGAAGAAGAAGAAGGCUCUCGAGGCCCAGCUUGCCGAGGCCACUGGCCGCCUCAACGAGGACCAGCGCAUCAUUGCCGAGCUCCAGUCCCAGAACCAGAAGCUCACUGCCGAGCUCGACUCGACCAGCAAGAACCUCGAGGACCUCGAGUCGCGCUUCUCUGCUCUCGAGAAGGCCAAGAAGACUGCCGAGUCUUCGCUCGGCGAGAGCAAGGGCAACAUUGAGGCUGAGACCCGUGCCAAGCUUGCUCUUGCUUCCAAGCUGAAGCAGGCCGAGACCGACAUUGCCGGCCUCAAGGAGCAGCUCGAGGAGGAGGAGGAGGCCAAGGCCGCCCUCGAGAAGCAGAUUGCUUCUCUCACUGCCCAGUCUGCCGACUACAAGCGCAAGGCCGACGAUGCUGGCAACCAGGCUGAGGAGUUUGAGGCCACCCGCAAGAAGCUUGGCAAGGACGCUGACGAGCUCCGCACUCGCAUUGAGGAGCUCGAGCACGCUCUGGCCAACUCGGACAAGACCAAGAACCGUCUCCAGGCCGAGCUUGCUGACGUCCAGGUCUCGCUUGAUGCCGAGCGCAACACUCGCUCCAACCUCGAGAAGAAGCAAAAGAAGUUUGACCAGCAGUUUGCCGAGGAGAAGGCCCGCGGCGAGGAGAUUGCCCGCGAGCGCGACGACGCCCAGCGUGACGCCCGCGAUUCGCAGACCAAGAUUCUCACCUCCCAGAAGGAGCUCGAGGCUGCUCGCGAGAAGAUUUCCGAGCUCGAGCGUGCCAAGAAGACCCUGUCUGCCGAGCUGCAAGACCUCGUCGCCUCCAAGGACGGCGCUGGCCGCAACGUGCACGAGCUCGAGAAGAGCAAGCGCGCUCUCGAGCAGGUCGUCGAGGAGCAGAAGACUCAGCUCGAGGAGCUUGAGGACGAGCUCCAGGCCACUGAGGAUGCCAAGCUCCGCCUUGAGGUCAACCUCCAGGCCAUGAAGGCUCAGCUCGACCGUGAGCUCAACGCCAAGGACGAGCAGACUGAGGAUGCCCGCAAGGCCACCCUCAAGCAGCUUCGCGAGCUCGAGGAGGAGCUCGAGGAGGAGCGCCGCUCCAAGUCGAACAUUCUCCAGCAAAAGAAGAAGCUCGAGCUCGACCUCAAGGACUCUGAGGGUCACGUCGACGAGGCCAACAAGAACAAGGAGGAGGCUGUCCGCCAGGCCAAGAAGGCUCAGCAGCAGGUCAAGGACAUGCAGCGCGAGAUUGACGAGUCCCGUCAGACUCGCGAGGAGAUUGCCAACGCCCAGCGCGACGCUGAGCGCAAGGCUGCUGCUCUUGCCGCCGAAGUCAGCCGUCUCCAGGCCGACCUCGACCAGUCCGAGCGCGCCCGCAAGGCUGCCGAGACUGAGCGCGAUGAGCUCCACGACGAGGUUUCGGGUGGUGCCAACUCUCGCUCGUCGCUCGCCGAGGCCAAGCGCCGUCUCGAGAACGAGAUCCAGCGUCUCCAGGCUGAGCUCGAAGACGAGACCACCAACGCCGAGGCUGCCACCGACAAGGCCCGCAAGCUCCAGAUCAACCUCGACGCCCUCCAGCUCGAGUUUGCCUCUGAGCAGAGCAACCACCGCAAGGCCGAGGAGGCUCGCGCCGCCCUCGACCGCCAGUCCAAGGACCUCAAGACCCGUCUCGACGAGCUCGAGGCUGCCACUCGCGGCAAGAGCAAGACCCAGAUUGCUCAGCUCGAGCAGCGCGUCAAGGACCUCGAGGCCCAGGUUGAGGAGGAGAACCGCCAGAAGCAGGAGCUCCAGCGUGUCAACAAGAAGCUCGACCGCAAGGCCAAGGACGCCGUCGCCCAGAUUGACGAGGAGCGACGUCUUGCCGAGAGCAACAAGGCUGAGCUCGACAAGGCCACCUCCAAGCUCAAGACCCAGAAGCGUGCCAUCGACGAGGCCGAGGAGGAGAACCAGCGCAACCAGGCUGCCAAGCGCAAGCUCAAGGCCGAGUUCGACGAGCAGACUGCCGAGCUCGAGGCUGCCCAGCGUGAGGUCACCUCGCUCCGCGCCAAGGUCCGUGGUGGCGGCGCCUCUGCCGUUUCCAGCCGCCGCGCUGCCCGCGACGAGCCCGCUGACGAUGCCACUGACGCUUAAACACGCGGCUGUGAAUACCGUCUCUCUGUUUUGUGUGUCAUUGAUUUUUGUGCCUUUUUUUGUGUGUGUCUGUGUGAGUGGUUUGGUGUCGUGUGCCGCUAUCCCUUUCACGCCGUUGUCAUUUGUUUGAUGUUUGUGCGUGAAGACGGAGGAAGCAAAAGACUGAAAAAACAAAAGACCAACAAAAGCUCGGCGCUUGUUGUUGUUGAGGAGGGUGUUGCCAAUUUGGUUGAGGAGCCAAGUUGGUGAAUUUCGUCCUGCUUGAUGAUGAUGCAGUGUGUUGGGUUGCCAUUUGCUUUAUGUGUUUUUUUGGUCUCUUCCUUUGUUUGAAUAUAAGCAUGCCUGUUGUUA